AUGCACAAGCCACCUGUGUCUGCUACUGUACACCACUCUACAUACACAAACUGUAUACUACCGGAUGGCAAGCAGUUCCCGCGACACAACUUCAAGAAUGCCUUGUCAACCUUGUACAUGUACUGCCCGCUUGGCGGGUCGCCCUGCACCCUCCCUCCACGUUCAAGAUGCUCCGCGGCUCGCUCCAAUCCAAAACGCUUGCCACUCGCAGUUGUACAGUCUUCCUCUGCCCGCGCACUCAGUUCCUCUGCUGCAGCGAAUGAAUACGACUACGUCAUAGUCGAUGGUGGCUCUGCUGGAUGCGUCCUCGCUAACCGCCUCAGCGCUGACCCGACCAACAAGGUUCUUCUGGUGGAAUCCGGACCCAGCGACGUGGGCAAAUGGGACUCAGCUCGCAUUCACAUGCCUGCUGCAUUGGCCUACAACCUGGCAGAUGACCGAUACAACUGGAAUCACUACACUGAACCCCAGAAGAACUUGGAUGGCCGUCGUAUCCCUUGGCCUCGUGGACGUGUCCUUGGAGGUUCGUCCUCCAUUAAUGCAAUGGUCUACAACCGUGGACAUGCAGUCGACUUUGACGAUUGGGAGAAGAGCGGCGCCAAGGGCUGGAGCUACGCGGACUGCUUGCCGUACUUUAAGAAAUCGACGACCCAUGACCUUGGUGAGGAUGAUUACCGUGGCGGGAGCGGUCCGAUGCGCGUCACGAGGAAGACGCAGGAUAAGGCGCAGCCUCUUUUUCAGGCGUUCAUCGAUGCCGGUGUCCAGGCUGAUUAUCCUGAGGCAGUGGACAUGAACGGAUACCAGCAGGAGGGCCUCGGUUGGAUGGAUAUGACGAUCCACAAGGGUAAGCGCUGGAGUGCUGCUGCUGGCUACCUGCACCCUGCAAUGGGUCGUAAGAACUUGACUGUUAUUACCGACACAUUCGUGAACAAGGUCAUUUUCGAAGGCAAAAAGGCAGUGGGCAUUGAAGUUGAGGACAAUAAGUCCAAGUCAGUCUCACAGAUUCGCACGGCAAAGGAAAUCAUCCUCUCGAGUGGAGCCAUCAACACUCCACAGUUGCUCAUGCUGUCCGGUGUUGGUGACGCGGAGCAUUUGAAGGAGAUGGACAUUCCUCUCGUUCACCACCUUCCGGCACUUGGCAAGAACAUGGAGGACCACCUGGGCACGUACCUGCACUUCGAGUGCAAGAAGCCCAUCACUCUGUACAACGCUACUUGGCGUUUCCCUCAUAAGAUGGUCGCGAUCGCCCUCGAAUGGCUGACGUCGCAAACUGGUCCCGGAUCCUCUUCACAGAUCGAGGCUGGCGGCUUCAUUCGAACAGCUCGUGGUAAAACCUACCCAGACCUCCAGUUCCAUUUUCUACCGGGAUCCAUUGAUGAAGGACUUCACGUUCGUGCUGGUCACGUUAUGACUGGCCAUUGCUCGACGAUGCGAGCAACUAGCCGCGGUUACGUCAAACUUCGCAGUAAGAACCCAAGGGAGCACCCCAUCAUGGAGCCAAACUACCUCGACACCCAUGAGGACAUUGUUGACAUUCGCAACGGUGUCAAACUCACGCGCGAAAUCUUCAAGCAGAAGGCAUUUGACGAGUUCCGCGGUGACGCGCUUUCACCUUCGGAUAGCGCCCAGACCGACGAAGAGAUCGACGCUUGGGUGCGGCAAAAUGCUGGCACAGUCUACCACCCGUCCUGUACUGCUCGCAUGGGAAAGGACGAAAACACUGCAGUCGACGCCGAGACGCGCGUGCACGGUAUGGAGGGAUUGCGCAUCGUGGACGCGUCCAUCAUGCCCAACAUUGUUAGUGGGAAUCUCAAUGGACCGGUGAUCAUGAUGGCGGAGAAGGCAGCCGACAUUAUCCUGGGUAACCCUGCACAACCCAAGUCGAACGCACCUGUUUACCAAGCGGAGAACUGGGAGACUAGCCAGCGUUAA